AUGCUCCUUGCCCAAGCCCUGGCCGGGCAAAAAACCAGGCUUACGGUCGACCCGGUCGCCUCCGAUCCCUACGAUCGGAAUCUCCCUACCUGCCACUACGAGCGGCAGCGACUUCGAAGCACAGGCUUGCGGCUGCAGUCCCUGCGCGAUGAGGGGAUACUGGAAUCCUGCCAAGCCGCACCUCGCGACAAGAUCCUGCUUGUGCUGCCAGUCUGGCUCUCCAAUACCGAGCACCUGACCUCGGCUUUGAUUUUCUUCCAAGGCGCCCUUUCCUGGUUUCAUGGCCCGACGGGGAGGAAAGUGCUCGCAUCCCUCUGGCGCGCUGCCGGCCUGGAAAGCCCGCCGAGUGGGCUCCAGCGGAACACUACGGAGGUUGUAUUUGCCCCCUCUCCAAGCGAAGGCAAUCCCGCGCAGCUAAAGAGUAUGGUCUUCCUCAAGCUCUUUGGCUUGCUCAGUGACAUGCCCUUGC